UAACGGAUAAGACAUAGUAAGACAUUUUAGGAAAGAAAGCUGUAGUUACGGCGGUCCAGGCACUUAGUAAAUGAAUGAAAAGCAAUGCAAUGACACCUUUUUCACACUGCCAUAAAGGAUGCAUAAAUUGUUACUUCUUUGCACUGACAGUUUGAAAAUUGCCUUUGGAAAUUUUAUUUUAAUUAAUACAUGAAUUUAGAAAUUGAAGAGGUGAGAACAUGAAGAGAGUGGCAGUGAGUUUCAGAGUGUGUUUGAAAAGUAUUAAAAAUUGUGUAUCUGAACCCAUAACGCCCUGUAUUCAUGAUGCUGCAUUUCUUCUCUGUGUUGCAAAAGAUAUAUUAUAAAAUACGACUUACAUUUCUCUCUGAGAAUAAAUUCUCUUCUUCUGAUUGUUAUUUAUAUGCAGCGGCACAUUCGAUUAAUGACAAACCUUCUUUAACCACUGCACUUUGUACUGUUGACUUUAUCAAAGUCGAUCAGGUCACACAAGACAGUGGAGGUUUUGCACGUAGUGUGCGUUAUGUUACUGAGCUGAGAUUGUCAUUGCUCAUGUGUGAUUGCCAUAAUAUUUCCAUAUUCAGAUUAAACAUUUUGUUAAACAGGCACUGUGUUAUUACUUCAGGUUUGCUCAGAGGUCUUGUUUGCCAAGGGAAAGUAGGUGUGUCUGCAGCUGGUUAUGUAAAAACACUAUCACACACACCUUUGUACAGACUCAGAUAUACUGAUAUGUUUUCCUUUUUCAGUCGUCGGUCCUGUAAUUUGAGUGCUUAGAACACAAAAGGGUUCGAUCAAGCAUAAACUGGAGUUUCAAGUGAGGCAGAAGAAGAGCUCAGACCUUCCUUCUGCUGCUGGUUUAACUCUCUAACAAUGUGGCUUUAUAACUUUUUGCUGAGUUUUGACCUCAAGGGGCUCUUUCUGUUUAUUUUUAUUUUCAUCUUACUAGCUGACUACUUCAAAAACAGGAAUCCUCUAAAUUUUCCUCCAGGACCGUUCCCUCUUCCCUUUGUGGGGAGCUUCUUCAGUAUGGACAUGAAACAUCCACACAUUUAUUUCACUAAGCUGGCUGACGUCUAUGGGAAUGUGUUCAGCGUUCGCUUCGGCAGUCAAAAGAUGGUGUUUGCAUCUGGGUACAAGAUGGUGAAGGAAGCCAUCAUCACACAAGCAGAAAACUUUGUAGAUCGACCGCACGAUCCACUAGUGGAUAGAAUAUACUCAGGAGGCUCAGGUGGUUUGUUCAGCAGCAAUGGUGAAACAUGGAAGAGACAGCGACGCUUUGCCUUGUCUACCUUACGUAGCUUUGGUCUGGGCAAAAGCAGUCUGGAGCAGAAUAUCUGUGAGGAGGUUCGACACCUGCAGGAGGAGAUGGAGAAGGAGAAAGGUGAACCAUUCAACCCAGCAGGCCUCUUCAACAAUGCUGUGUCCAACAUCAUUUGCCAGCUGGUGAUGGGGAAACGGUUUGACUACAGCGACCACAAAUUCCAGAUCAUGCUGAAGUAUCUGUCUGAAACACUUUCUCUAGAGGGCUCUGUAUGGGGACUGCUGUAUCAGUCGUUCCCUAAUGUGAUGAAGCACUUGCCAGGUCCUCACAACAAAAUAUUCAGCCACUCUGACAGCAUCCUAAAAUUCAUCGGUGAGGAAGUCAAGAGUCACAAGAAGAACCUGGACCGCAACAAUCCUCGGGACUACAUCGACACUUUCAUCAUUGAAAUGGAGAAUCACAAAGAGUCUGACCUGGGCUUCACUGAGACCAAUCUGGCUAUGUGCUCUACGGAUAUGUUCUUGGCUGGAACAGACACAACCUCCACCACUUUGCUGUGGGCUUUGGUUUACCUCAUCAAAUACCCUGAUAUCCAGGACAAGGUCCAUGCAGAGAUAGACAGAGUGAUCGGACAGGCCCGCCUUCCCAGUAUGGCAGACAGACUCAACCUUCCCUACACUGAUGCUGUUAUCCAUGAGAUCCAGAGGAUGGGAAACAUUGUUCCACUCAAUGCACUCAGAGUAGCUGCCAAGGACACGACACUGGGUGGUUACUUCAUACCCAAGGGUACUACUUUGUUGCCCAACCUGACCUCUGUGCUGUUCGACAAGACUGAAUGGGAGACUCCAGACAGCUUCAACCCAGGACACUUUUUAGACGCUGAGGGAAAGUUUGUGAAGAGAGAAGCUCUACUGCCUUUCUCUGCAGGGAAACGUAUGUGUCUUGGAGAAGGCCUCGCCAAGAUGGAGCUGUUCCUGUUUUUGGUCGGGUUGCUACAGAAGUUCUCUUUUUCUGUUCCUGAUGGAGUAAAGCUGAGCACAGAAGGAGUUACUGGAAUUACACGUGUACCACACCCCUUCAAGGUUUAUGCUAAUGUUCGCUGAAUCAUGCAACAGAUCACUGAAUCAUUUUAUAUCCAUGAACUGAGGACCAGUUUAUUCUAACUACAUUUCAUUAGUGUGAUAAAAAAAAAACUUGUAUUAAUAGCACUGUAUUAAGACUUUGUCCUUGUAGUUAUUAAUGACAACGUGCAUAGAAGAUUUAAUAAACAUAAAUUCUUUAAAAUUAUAAUCAAGCUGUAUUUGUUAAGUUUUCUUUACACUGAUGAUCAGUUAUGUCAUGUAUAAGCCAUUACUUUACU